GUGCAUUUAUGAAGCCUUACAGAUUUUAUCUGUAAGAUUGUGUAAGGGGCCGGCCUCCUCCAGCUUUCGGAGAAGAAACAGUGAUGCUGUGAUGUAGAUGGUUCAGAUAAGGCUGAGCUUGUACCGGCAUCUCUUUUAACUUUUUAACUUUCAGCAUGAGUUCCUGGGUUCUGCUUGUUUGUUGUGUUUGUGCUCUAAAAACCUCUCUCUCUUCUGUGCUGGAUCAGUCCCCUGGUCUUCUUCAUGUGUUUGUUGGAGAUACAUUUAAAGUGAAAUGCCUCCAUGAGCUGCCGGUUUCUUAUUGCUAUUCUACUACAUCUUGGCACAAAAUGGAUCCGAGGACUGGAAAACUGAUCCAAAAACUAUCCCAGGGACCUAAAACUGACCAGCUUGAAGAUAAUGGUAAAACCUGCAGCCUGACCAUCUCUAAUGCGACCCUGCAGGACUCAGGCAUGUAUUACUGCACAGGUGUUCAUAAUUUAAUUGCUUUAAUCGGAAACGGCACCCGGGUCAUCGUCACAGAUCGUGCCCGUUUCAAUCCAUCCAUCAUCUUGUACUCUCCUUUGGACGUGUCCGGCCCCAUCGUUCCCCUGCAGUGUUUGGUGAUGGGAGCUGUCCCCUCUCAGGUACAGGUCUCCUGGAUCAUUGACCAAACUGAGCGUGAAGGAUGGACAGAGUCGAGCUGGACAGAAAACAGUGAUUCGGCUCAGGAAUACACUCGAGCUCAGAUCACUCUUUCUGAGGAGGAGUGGAGAAAAGCUGAUCUGAUCGAGUGUUUCGUCGCAUACGACGGCAAAAACACCUCUAAACGUCUGGAGAAACAGGUUGUAGGUGUGUGUACCUGGCCUCUGUACCUGGGCUUCGGGGUUGCAUUCGUCACGGUCACUGUCACUGUCACUGUUGUCGUUUGUUUUUGCAGAGGGGCCUUGGGGGGAAGGUUCAGGACAAACAGAAGAAUCAUGGAAAACAAAACUUACUGAAGCCCACCUCAGAGACCUGGACAGUUGUGGAAUAUUCCUGCUAUAAUCCAGACCACAGUGUGUUUGAACCUUUGAUUAAAACUUAAGCUCUUUAAUUUUCCAGCUUAGCAAAAAUAUACAAUUAUAUAUACUUACUUGUACUGACAAGUCUCUUUUUUAGUGUCUAAAAGAGAAACUGACUAUAAACUAAAACUGUUGGAAGAAAAGAGAUAUUUGAAAUAAAAUGUAAAUAUGUGCCCGGACUCUUGCACCCCUCACUGUACUGAACACGUGAUUCUCCCUCCCUAGCUCUUAAUCACCUGAUUUUGUAGAUUCACCUGGUCCCCAUAGUAUAUAUACCUCCUGUUUUCCAUAGUUCUUUGGAGAGUUUUAUUUGGGUAAUCUAUUAUUCAUUGCAAAGCAUUUUCCAUUUUUGUGUUUUCUCUGUGUAUGACCCCAUGCCUGAUUUUUGAGUAUUGUAUUGUUUUUGUUUUACCAUGUACCGACUUUAGACUUUAAACUAACCCAAUAAUUUGCUGAUUUUUGUAUUUUUGCCUCUCGCUGCCUGUUUUGAAUGUAUUGGUAUUGUCCAUUCAUAAUAAAGCCUCUUUUAAGGA